UCUGGUUGGGAUGUCUCUAAUAGCAGGUAGCUAAGUAAACAAUUUUUACUUUCUUGCUUCUUUUUUUCCACAAUAAUUUUUGAAUAAUUUUUGAAUGGGUCUAUUUGGAUUGACUUAUUUGAAAUUAUCUACUUGGCACACACACUUGUGAGACUGUUUAGGAGAGCUGAUGGAAACAACUUAUUACAUGUUCAUAAGCUAUAUUCAGCUUAUCUUCAUAUGUUUUCUAAGAUAGUUUGUUUCAACACUUUUUACUUUCGUGCUUUUCUUUUUUUUCCACAAUAUUUUUUUAUCUGGGUCUGUUUGGAUUAACUUAUUUGAGAUUUAUCUACUAGGACAUGCACUUGUGAGAAUGUUUGGGAGAUUUGGUGGAAACAACUUAUUACAUGUUCAUAAGUUGUGUUCAACUUAUUUUCAUAUGUUCUCUAGGAUAGUUUGUGAAAACAACUUAUAGCUCAUAUGAAAAGAGUUUGACCUUAUUUUAACUUUUGUUACAGAAAAUAACUUAUACAUAGACACUUAUAUGUUAAGACUUUAUGCUAUAAGCCCUUAAUUAAGAUGUUUAUCCCAACAAAGUUGUAGUCUAUCCUAAUGUAUGUUCACUUGUGUUUUAUAACUAUUACAAUUCAAGGAGUGAAGGGGAACUAUUGCAGCAAAUUGUUGAAGAUGUUUUGGCAAAACUAGACAACACAUUCUUGUCUAUUACCAAAUUUCCAGCUGGUUUGGAACCCCGUGUGCGAAAAGUGACUGAUUUUAUUGAAAAUCAAUCAAAAAACGUUUGCAUGAUAGGGAUAUGGGGAAUGGGAGGAUCCGGAAAAACAACCCUAGCUAAAGCUAUCUACAAUCGAAUUCAUCAAAAAUUUGUCGACAGAAGUUUUGUUGAAAAUGUUAGAGAAGUAUGUGAAAAGGAAAAUAGAGGGAUUAUUCAUUUACAACAACAACUUCUUUCAGAUAUCCUGAACACAAAGGAGAAGAUACAUAGCAUCGCGUUAGGAACAACAAAGAUAGAGAAAAGGUUUCGUGGGAAAAAGGCACUCAUUGUACUUGAUGAUGUGACCACAUUUGAACAGUUAAAAUCAUUAUGUGGAAAUCCUAAACUGUUUUGUCCGGGAAGUGUGUUAAUUGUUACUACUAGAGAUGUACACCUACUUAAUUUAUUCAAGGUUGAUUAUGUGUGUACAAUGAAGGAAAUGGACGGAAACGAGUCCCUUGAGCUUUUCUGUUGGCAUGCUUUUAGACAGCCUAGUCCAAUCGAAGAGUUUCAUGAACUCUCAAGGAACGUAGUUGCUUAUUGUGGAGGAUUACCAGUUGCUCUUGAAGUACUUGGUUCUUUCUUAUUUGAGAGGACAAAAGAAGAAUGGAUGAGUGUACUCUCAAAACUAAAGAAAAUUCCCAAUGAUCAAGUGCAAGAGAAAUUGAGAAUAAGUUAUGAUGGUUUAAAGGAUGAUAUGGAAAAGGAUAUAUUUCUUGACAUAUGUUGUUUCUUUAUCAACAAGGACAGAGCCGAUGUUACACAGAUACUAAAUGGUUGUGGACUUUAUGCAGAUAUUGGAAUAACAGUCCUUGUAGAGCGGAGCCUUGUCAAAAUUGAAAAGAAUAACAAGCUAGGAAUGCAUGAUUUAAUAAGAGACAUGGGAAGAGAAAUUGUUCGUCAAAGUUCACCAAGAAAGCUUGGGAAGCAUAGUAGAUUGUGGUUUCGUGAGGAUGUACACGAUGUUUUGACAAAACAUACUGGUACAGAAACUGUAGAGGGAUUGGUUUUGAAGGUGGAAAGAACUUGUAGAAUUCAUUUAAGUGCCGAUUGUUUCAAGGAUAUGAAGAAAUUGAGACUUUUGCAACUAGAUCAAGCCGUCCUCACUGGAGAUUAUCGGUAUCUUUCCAGAGAACUGAGAUGGAUUCAUUGGCAAGGAUUUACCUUCAACUAUAUACCCGAUGACUUUUAUCAAGGAAAUCUAGUUGUUAUUGAUGUAAAAUACAGUAGUAUCAAACAACUGUGGAGGGAAACCAAGUUGUUGGAUAAACUAAAAAUUCUUAAUGUCAGUCAUUCUAGAUACUUGAAAAACACACCUGAUUUUUCAAAAUUACCGAAUCUAGAAAAGCUUAUUAUGAAGAAUUGUCCAAGUUUAUCUGAGAUACACCAUUCCAUUGGAGAUCUCAAGAAUCUACUUCUGUUGAAUUUGAAGGACUGUACAAGUCUUAGCAAUCUCCCAAGGGAGGUUUAUCAAUUGAAAUCUUUGAAAACUCUUGUACUUUCUGGUUGUUCUAAUAUUGACAAGUUGGAAGAAGACAUGGAGCAGAUGGAAUCCUUGACAACACUGAUUGCAAAAGAUACAUCUGUAAAAGAAGUUCCCUAUUCAAUACUAAGAUUAGAAAGUAUUGGAUUUAUAUCCCUAUGUGGAUAUGAAGGAUUAUCGCAUGAUGUUUUUCCUUCUCUUAUUAGGUCUUGGAUGACACCAACUAUGAACCCCCUACCCUGUACAUCCCCAUUCGAGGGAAGUUCAUUGUCACUAGUUUCGUUGGAUGUAAGGAGUAAUAAUAUGGGCUAUAAAUCAACGAUGCUUAGAAACCUUUCAAAACUUCGAAGUGUUUGGGUUCAUUGCCACUCAGAGAUUCAACUAACUCAAGAAUUAAGAAAAAUUGUUGAUGAUCUAUACAAUGUAAAUUUUAUUGAGUUGGAAACAACAUCACAUAGACCUCAAAUCUCAAAUCCGUCUUUUAAAUCACUUUUGAUGGGAAUGGGAAGUUUCGAACUAGUCAUCGACACUCUUGGCAAGAGCAUAUCACAGCAGGGAUUGAUAACAAAUUGUUCUAGUAACUUCUGUCUUCCGGGUGACAAUUAUCCUUCUUGGUUAGCUUAUAAAGGUGAAGGAUCUUCCGUACUAUUUCAAGUUCCCGAGGAUAGUGAUUGUGGCAUGAAAGGAAUAAUCUUAUGUGUUGUUUAUUCAUCAACAUCUGAAAACAUGGCAGCUAAAUAUCUCACCAGUGUCUUGAUUAUUAAUUACACAAAAUGCACCAUCAUAUACAAGCGAGACACAGUUAUGUCUUUUAACGAUGAGGAUUGGAAGGGUUUAACAUCAAAUUUAGAGCCUGGUGACAAUGUGGAGAUUUUUGUAGCUUUCGGUCGUGGACUGAUUGUUAAGGCCACAGCUGCCUAUCUAAUAUAUGGCCAUUCAGUUAAUAUUGAAACUGAGCCAACAGUUAACAUGGAAAUGGAGCCAUCACAGGAAGAUAACUUGCAGCAAUCUCCUGAUGUGAAAAUAGAGCUAUCACCGAAUGCGAAAAAGGAACCAUCACCAAAGCCAAAUAAAGAUAUCUUUACAAGACUUGCAAAGAGAACUAGACAGUGUUUGUGCUUGAACUGAAGUAGAGGUUUUAACAAAUUUUGAUUUGGCAUACCUUUGUUCUAAUAUGGUAUUCCUUUGCUGUAUGUGUUUUGCAACAUUUUUCUGAGAAUGAGGACUGACUAAUUGUACUAUUUAAUAUACAUAGACGUUAUUUUUUGUUUCAAUUAGCGUCGUUCUGAACUCUUAAUACAAGAUGUUAUUAAAUUAAUGGGUAAGUCUUGUAGUUUAGUAAGGUGUUAUCAGUGUGACAUCGUGGAAUGUUGAAUAAAAUCAGAAUCCUUACUGCAA